AUGAACAUGCCUAAAGACCCUUCAAACAUCUUGAAACCAAGGUAUGCCCCUGCUCUUGAGCCGGAGAUGGCAGCAAAGUUCUACAAGGCCUUGGUCUUCGGCACUCUUGUAAAUGUCUGGGCCGUGGAAGGGUUGUGGGACUUCACGUUGGAAAAACCAUCUCCAGGGCCCAUGCACCACAGGAGUGCGGUCAGGGAUGCUUCAGAUGAAGAUGUGCCAAAGAAGCCAUGCCAUGAAGCCCUGCAAUGUCAUGCAUGGUCACUAUUGUUGUUUGCUGAGCUGCAUCUGGUCUUUCAUUUCAGAUGGUGGCUGGUCGUCCCUUCGUUCCUGCCAAGCGAUGCAACUGUAAAGCCUCUACGCCUAGAAGCCUACAGCUGCGCGACAAAGCAUCAACGACUGCCAGACCCCAAAACCCCAAAGCCAGAAAACACAAGCGACCGAAGGCCCGCCGGCGCUUCUCCGAGCUGA